GUGGGUAAAAAUCUCCCAAACCGCUCUUGGGUUGGUCUCUGCGCUGGCUGCCCUCGCCAUGGAGGACGAUGGCCAUCCCGACCCCUACCUUGAUCUUCGCCCUGAAAUCGCCGAGGAGCGGCGGCGCGCUGCUAGACUCGCUCUUGAGCGCCGCCGCCAGCACCGCGAAACCGCUCCUUGUCUGCUCUCGCCGCCGGCUUCCGUCGCCAUGGACGGCGAUGCUCAUCUCGUCUUGUUCCUUGAUCUUCACCCUGAACUCGCCGAGGAGCGGCGGCGCCCCGAACCGUCCUCUUCCCAUAAAACUGAGGUUGAGGAGCAUGCUAGCGAGGUUAGUAGCAGUGAGGGCUCUGUAACUGUGGAUCUGUCAGAAUCCACUGCCCUAGCGAUGAAUGACAUGCCUCAUACACUUCAGUCGACCUAUUGUACCCUUUCUUGUGUUUUAUCCAAUGUGUGUUAUGAUACUGGCAGCAGCGAGACUGAGUCGGAAACUGUGGUAGGGAAGCCCGAAGAAGAAUCAGAUUUUGAUUUGUGUGAAGUUCCCGACGAAGAGAUUAUUCAAAAUGGGAAAAACUGGAUGACUAAGGAGGUGAUGUUGGCAUUCGAAAAAUAUGCUAAAAGAAGUACUAAUCUCACGGGUCUUGACUGGCAGAUUGAGGAAAUUUGUCACCAAUGCUUUAAUGUGGAAUACUAUCACAAAGUUUUCCACCAUUACAAUUUCACUGUAAAGAUUGAGAGCCCUAGGUCAAGUGAUCCCAGAGUGGCAUUGUUCUUCGCCGAAGUGAAAGAGAUAUUUGGAAGAAAAUACUAUUUCUGCUGCCCUCUAGAACCAAAUGAAAAUGGUCAGUGUUAUGCAUGCCAUAACGAAGGAUUUGAUGAUCUAAGGCAUCCAGCUACAGGUGGAUAUGACCAGGGUUCGAUGGAUAUGGCAUUCCCAUUUACUAAUAUGGAUUAUUGAAAGUUGUUGAAUCAUACAGGUUUAGAAUUAGUUCGACUGGUUUGAAUCUAGUAGUCUGGAUCCCACAAUCCAUUUUCAUCUAUGAAUCUUUCAUUAUGGGUCUGAUACUGAGAUUCUGUGCUAA